GUGAAUCAAUUUUGUUUUUCUGUGCUUUGAUUAGUCCGGUCCUAGGUGUUUGAGUGGAUCACUGAGUAGUUUUUCUGAUCACUUCUACCUUCUACCCCAAAGUGGCCGAAUUUUUAGGUUACUUUUCUUCCAGCCGAAUCUUUUUGAGUAUGUUCACCAACCAAUGGAUAUUUUAUCCUCUCUUUGCCAAGGAAAUUCAUUUUACUUAUAAUGUCUUUAAAACAUGGAACUCCAGAAAAUGAGAUGAAAGCCAAGAUGUGGAGAACACAUAUAUCAUCAGCCAAUCUGUAGGUAUUUGAAAAUGACCCUGAUUGAUGGCUGUUUACUGGUUGGGGCCAAUGAUAACCGUCUGGUCAAACGGACAAUACCCAUCAUGAAUGGAGAAGAAGCAAAUGUAUUGUCAGCUUUCACCUAUCCUCUCCCCCUAACAAAUGCAGUUCCUGAUAAUGGCAUUGAAAAGGACCCAACAGACUCAAGCGACAAUGUUGACACAGAAAAAUCAAAUGAUCUCAAAAUUAAUUUAUCGAAUGAAGUUAGCGGAUCAAGUAGUGAUGAAGCAGAUGCUGAUGCAAUACCCUUACCGAAACCAACUAAACAUUCUGAAGCUCUUCAGUCAGAAGAUAAAGAAUUAGCUAAAGUAUGUAAGAUUGUAAAUAAUAUUUGUAAUAAUGUGAUUCAGCUAGCAGAAAGUAUAAAUUCUCAAUCUGAAAGCUCUCAUGCCGGUCCAGUACAUUCAGUGGAAAGUGCAACGAGUACCUGUGUAAAUGCCUGUUUCAAAAGGACAAGUGAAAUUUCUUCUGUUAGUACUGUCACAUUGAAUGGAACUGUAGUUUCACCAACAGAAUUAAAUAGUAAACCUGAUAGUGACUCAUCAUUGAGAAUCAAUCAAAGAUUAGUUCAAAAUUUAGAGAAUAAUGGUACUGAAGGAACGGAAAUAGAUAUUUCUGCUUCUGUACUCUCCAAAGAACCGGAGAUCAUCGACAAAACGAACAAAAAAGAAAGUUCCUAUCUUACUGAAAGCAGUGAAAUGCUUGAAAAUACAUCAUUUGAAUCUGCAUCAGAAGAAAUGAUUUUACAAAUUGAUGAGGAAGAACUUUUUGAGACUGAUAAUCAACCCAAACUUAGCAAUGAAUGUAUAAAUGAAGUAGAAAAUGCUGAUGAACUCAGAACUGUAACUACUUCUCAAGCAGGAAGUAGGGAGGAUUCUUCAUCAUCAGCUUGUGCUCUUAGUUCACCCAUAGAUGAGAAAUUAUGUGCCGUGUCAAAGACUGACGGAAGUGUUGAUAUUCAACAGACAGUAGUCAGUGACCUGAAGCCUGUUGAUAAGGGAAAUGCUGAGGACCAAUCUGUCGGCAUUGACUCUCUUCAUACAGAACAAAAGUCAACCAAUGCCUGUUCUAAAGAGAGAUCGGAAUCAUUGAACAAUGAAAUGAAAGUUUCUGAAGCAGGAGAAGCAAGUCUUUCUAGCUCUGGAGCGUCAUCUGCUCCAGUCUUAUCUGGGACAGAAAGAGAUUUCACAGAAGUUUUACCAGAACCAAUUUCCAAAGAAAAAAAUUCUAUUGAUUAUGAAGUGCAAAGUAGAAUUUGUGAAACAGAAACUUCGGGCAAACUAGUAUGUGAAGAAAAGUCAUCGAACAUACCAGACAACAUGUUUGAGGAACGAUUUUCUAAAUUGUCCGACUCAAAAAGUAUGCAUACGGACAAAGUGGUGUGUGAGAAGGAAAUAGUUGCCCUCUCCAACACUGUAAAACCGGUGUCUGAUAUUGCCUCAUGUGCCACAGCAGAAGCAGACAGACAUGCUUCAGGUGAGGGAAAUUGUUUAAAACAAGCUGUAGUAAAUAUAUCAGAUAUACACCUGCCGAAGUCAAACAAGUAUAAAAUAUCUCCCCCAGUUUCAGAAAAAAGUGCACGGGAGAAGGAGCAAGAAGAAGAUUCUAGUGGAUUGGAAGGAAUCAAUGUUAGUAAUUUGGCUUUUCAUGACAAAGAGCCCAUCAAAAGUCCUGAAGAUGUGAGCCAUUCUCAUAACAAAAAUUCGAACCAGGAGUGUGAAAAAACUAGUUCUGAACAAAUUGAUUUUGAAAAUACGUGUCAAGUUUCGGAUGCAAUUAGUUCAGUCCACAGAGAAAUUGUUAAAGACUGCACUGAAGACUGUCCAACUGAAUUGGUAUCUAACAGUAUUUGUAAUCCAACAAAUGGAUCCCCUCAAGAAAUUGACUGUAUACAAAAUCAUGAAGAAAAGGAUUCACUCAAAAUGUUGGGGAAAGAGAGCAAGAUUGUAGCUGAUGUAGACCCAAAUGCUGUAAAUAAAAGUAUCAGAAAUGAAGGCGUAAGCAGAGAAUCCCAAAUCGUGUCACAAUCAAUGAAGAACAACAAAAAAGAAGAUGAUCUGAGUGAAGAUGGUUGUGUAGCAGUUACCGGUAGUAAAAUAAUUGCUGAAGCUGAAAGUAAAUGUUCUACUUUUCGGAAUGAAAUCGCUCAGAGUCAAGAUAUCAUCGUUAAUGUCUCUGAUAAAGAUUCAAAUGAAAUAAACGCCAGGGAAAGAAACGUGUCCAAUAAUUUUGAAGAAGAAGAUGGUAGUAAAUUAUCUCAAAUUGAUGAAAUUACUCCUAGCCUAAGUGAUAGUAAAGAUGCCGAAACCAAAGAACCACAGAAAACCAAAAAAUCUACGGAUAUUGAAGACCCAGCACUUAAAAGUGCUAAGACAGCAGAAGAGGAAAAGGAAACAGAAGGAAGCUAUGGAGAUCUUUGUACCGAAGAGCUCAUUUUGGAUGAUGAAUGCUCUUUAGAAAUGGGAGGCAGAGAAGAGUAUCAACUGUCUGAGUCCUCAAGUCCCCCUGACUCAUCAGUAUCAAGUCAAAGUGAUGAGGAUGAAGAAAAUGACACCCAUGAUGAUCACACUUAUAAUGACGAUUCCUGUCAGCCUCAAGUCUCAGAGGAAGACACUGUAAUGAGUAAUGUCUCUGACGAUGCCGUUUUUGAAGGUGAGCCCGUGAAACCUGUCUUAAAACCUGCUGAUGAACCCAUAAUUGAAAAGUAUCCAGGAGAGGUCAAUGAUCCAGAAGAUGAAGGAACCUCAGAUGCUGAGAAUGAAGUGGAAGCAAAUGAUGGAGAUAAUGUCGAAAACAACAAAAUGAAGGCAAGAGAGAAAACAGAUGAAAAAGAGGCAGUUUCGAAAGUGUCUGAAGUUGUGUCUAAAGAAGUUUCUGAAGAGCCUUUGUCUGCUGAAACAUUCUUUGAAAGAAUGAAAUCGGUUGAAAAGAUUGAAGAUGAGGAAUCGAAAGAUGCUGAAUAUAUCAGCCAAAAUGUUUUAGACCAAAUGAUAAGUUUUGUGUCUACUAACCAUCCAAGGAACGAACCUGAACUAGCAAAUGCGGAACUAGAAUGUAGCCUUGAAAAGGCACCUAACUCUCCUUUAGACAAAUUGUCACUCAGUGAUCAUAUUUACUCAGCUUCUGCAAAACCUGCAGGUACACUUGAGUCCUCCAGUUUAAAAAGGCUUGCCUCUGUAGAACUUGAAGAAGAUGAGUCGCAAAUUAAGCGCGCCAAAUCAGAGAGAAUUCUUAGCACAGGGAAAAGAAAAUUAAGUAAGCCUAAUGAAAGUGAUUCAUUUUCUGUCUCUGCAAGUAGUUAUAAGAAGUCAAGGAUCCUUGACUGUGCAAACUCCAACCAUAGUUCCACGGAAGUUUCUGCGGAGCAUGACCUCGAUGAAGCUUGUAGUAGCAUGAAAACAUCAGCUGUUACGGAAGGAACAAGUGUAAGUUCAGACUCCAAUAACUCAACCACUAAAGAGGAUAUUGAAAUCGGGAGGUUUAAUAGAUUUCAGUCCAAUCUGCGCAACUUUAGUCGCCAAGAUUUGGAAGAACUUAUUGUGUUAAAAAUGCUAGAAGUCAUGAAAUACAAAGGAGUAGCUGGUGAUCAGCAAAAAAUGUUAACUUGUCUUCAAGAGCAGUGUGAUGCCCAGAAAAAGCUUUUGGCUGGCGUUCAAAAGCAGUAUAAUGAGAAUUGCAUUAUUAUGAGGAAGUUCAUUGAGCAAUCUCAGUCGCAGUUGAACAAGAAUUUAGUUAUCCCAAUGAAAGCAACACGUUCUGUAGGACUGCAGGUUGCAUUAGCAGAUUCACCUGCUGUAAUGAAAUCUACUGCUGUUUUGAGUGGAGGGAAAGUUGGUAGCCCGCAGCGGCCAUUAGCUGUUACCAUUCCCCAAGCAAGGAGUUCUGUUUUUGUCCAAAAAGCGCAGCCCAUGACGCAGUCUGUUCCAACUUCUAUUCAGUCGGCAACCGCUAUGAAGACCAAAUUUGUGAAAACUGUUGUAUCUCCACAAAGCACAUCCUCGCCUACAAGAGCACCCGGACCUACUCUCAAAGUUCUGACUCCAGUUGCAAAGUCAAAUUCUGUAGCUUCAACUGCAGGAGGACCUACAAGACUGAUACAAUCAUCAAAUUCUCAGAUUCUUAAUGCAGCAACACCACAAAAGUCAGUUAAACUUGUUGGAAAAACACCCAACACAGAAGUGAUAGAUCUUGUAGAAGAUUCUCAACAGCAAGCAAGAGCUUUUGGCAUCCAAAACUUUAAUAACAAAGGGGUAGCAGUCCCUCAAUCUUCUCCAGGGCAAGUGCAACAGCAAAUUUCAUAUGUUGUGACCUCCGGUACUCAAGUACCGCUUUAUAUUUCCCCCACAUCAAACCAGGCAACUCGGAUGAUAACCUCAUCAGUCGGAAGUAGAGGAGUACUCAACACACCCCUUAAAAAUGGUCAGAUUAUCCAGCUUCAAAAUAAAAGUGGUGUAAUAGCUGGUAACCAGUUUAUAGUGGCUAACUCGUCACAAUUUAAGCAAGUUAUUCGACCAGUCAUGAAUCUCAACUCUCCACCAAAGUUACAGCAACUGAAACAUGUACCAAGAAUCCUGGAAACAAGAUUGACACGGCAUCCUGCACCCUUACCUGUUGGAGUAACACAAGCAUCAGACAAAUCAUGGAAAAUGCGACCACCUAAACCAACGUUACGAAUAGGCAAAAACGGGAGUGGUAUAACACUUUCAUGGACUUUGAAUGGAUAUGACAAGGAAAAGUAUGCUGAAAUAGUGAGCUACCAGUUAUUUGCAUAUCAGGAAGGUUCAGAGCCUCCCAACACUGAUUUAUGGAAAAAAGUAGGAGACGUGAAAGCAUUACCAUUACCAAUGGCAUGCACACUAACAAAGUUUGUUGUUGGACAUAGAUACCAUUUUGCUGUUCGAGCGGUGGAUGAACAUUCUAGAGUUGGUGAAUACAGUACACCUGAUAAUAUUAUGUUGAAUUGAGGUUUAAUUUUACCUAUUAGUUAAGUGACUCAAUAUGUGCAAAGCCUUGUACAGAAUGUAGAAUUUUGUAAAUGUUUUUUUUUUUUUUUAUUAUUUCCUAGCUCUCCUUACAACUUUUGUAAUUGAUUUUAUGGCUAUCUUUUUUUUCUUGACAUUGGUGGUUUCCCCUCUCAAUAUUUUAAUUUUUACAACUGAAGUCAAAAAAGUCUCUUUUUUUCUGUAAAAUGAAAUAUGCCUCAUGAGUACCCAGAAAUGGCGCGAAAGCUCUAAAACUGAUCCACCAAUCAAACUGACCUUCACUUCAUUCGAAAAAAGUUAAGUACUGUUGAUUAAAAAGAGAAUCAGGUUAUUUGAGCAAACAUUGAUGAAGUUAUGGUAAUUUGAAAAUAGAGUGUAAACCAAUGGACCUUGAUUCUUUUCAGGAAGGUUAUGUUUUCUUAAACAAGCAUAAGUAACUUUUCGAUGCUCCUUCUAAUAAAUCCACUAGGAAACACUGGGUAUUGGGUGAAAGAUUUUUAAAAUGUUUUACCAAUUACAUGUGUUGAUGCACACUACUCAGAUAAUUUUUAGGGGCCAAGGUCAACCUGCUAGAUUUUUGCAAAUUUUACAAAAUGGGUACUGGUGGAAAGGAGCAUCUGGUAAGUUUCAAGUGCUAAUUUUAAGACAAAACAAUUCUUUCAAAGAAUUGUGAGUGACAAGCAUGCAUUUCAUUUUUAAACUACCGUAUUUUUGUAAAUUUUCGCUGGAAGGAGUUCUUUUUAAUUUGAAUCAACAGCAUUUUACAUCUUUUCUUGAAUGAAGUGAAGAUCAGUUGGAUAGGUAACUCAGUUUUUGAGGUACAGACUGUACCUCGAAGUUACUCAUAGCCGCAGCCAUAAGUAAUAUUGUGGCAAUUUUUGCAACUUUUUUGGCAAUUAUUGCCAGGCGGGAGGGGCAUCUGGGGUACUUAUGUUAUGGCUUUCUUAAUUUCAUUUCUUCUUUGAUGAUGAAAUAUUUGGUUCAUUCAAAGCUUAUAAAUGCUACAAUUUUUAUUUAUAUCCAUAAAUAUGAUUAAGCAGUGCAUCUAGUUUAGCACAAUUUCUCUGCUGCCAGGAAGAAGUAUCAGUUUCAGAUGUAAAAAUGAACCCUUAGAGGUGCAAAAAAAUGUUGACAAUAUUCAAUUAAUAGUCCGGUAACACCACGUCCGAAAUACCUGUAAAAAAGUAGGCAGUUCCUUUUGUUCCUACUUUGGAAAACUAUCUUGCUAAAUUUUGGACUCAAAAGCCAGUAUUUUCAAAGUGUGUGCAACCUUUUACACGGCAAGAAGACCAAAUUAUCCUUUGACUUCCUCAAACUGACUGCUUCUUCCAAUAUUUUUCUAAGAAACCGAUUUUUGUUGUCAAAAAGUGGAAAAAAUACCAUUUUAAAUUAAAUUCAGUUUAAUUUGAACUCAAGAAAUUGUUACUCAGAGAACAUAUUUCCAGAAAUGUGGCAAAAUUGGGGUUCAUAUUAAAAACUGUUUGUGUAAUAAUUGAUUCCUCUGAAAUUAUUUGGGCCAAGUCCUAAAAUGACCUUAGUUUGAUCCCUUGACUCUCAAAUUUUCCAGAGAAUAGAGAUUAAACCUCAGAAAACAGGAUGAGCCAAAGUCAUUCUUGGAUUCAGCAGUGACAAAUAUAUAGUAAAACAAGUAUUGCCUGCCUGAGCAGGUUUUCUUGUUGUGUCUGAUAUGGAGAUUUCAGGUCAUAAUCUGACCAUUUGCCAACCCGUAAAACUGAUCUGUGUCUCUUGCAUCGGAAAUGACCGGAACUGUAUUGUUCUCAAAUGUUUGAGGGGGCUGCCCCUAGCUUGCUGCUGAAGUCAAAAAUGAACUCCGUUUUUUUCUAUCUCCCACCGAUUUACCAGAGAAUCGAAUUUUUUCCUUGUCUUCAGAUUAGUUGUGAAGGAAUUUUUGUAAAUUGCCUAGACCACAUGGUAAUUUUAAUAUCAGUAGCAAAAAAUGUAGGAAACACUAAAUAUUUCCGCUCAUCCAGUCGCCUCUCAUGAGCGUAUUGGCACACAUUCGACAUUUAAUGUGAUAACAGUGAAAAAUAAUAUUCUUUUUAAGGGCUCAGUAGCUCAACCUGACAAUCAUAUCUUGUUUCAAUAAAAAAAAAGUUGAUUUAAUGCAAAAUAAUUUUGGCCUUUUAUGUGAAUAAAUGAACUUAGUUCUAUUCUUAA